AUGGCCACAUUGACUCCUGUUGCUGUGACCCUUCCAAAAGACAAAGUACCGACCAAAAAGAACACCAGGGACAUUAUUGGCACAUUCCUUACAAAAGAAUGGCCAUCUGUGGAUCCAGAAACUCUUACUGUGUCAUACCAUGCAUCUUUUGCCAACGCCCACUGCCCCGUGGAGCGACCGAAACCCGCUACCGGCACAUCCACUGAGACAUUGAAGGUGUUCAUUAAAUUCCACACCGACGCCGGAGGAUCUCUCGAAAUCUUCAAGCCCCUGGCACCAACUAGACAUGAAGAAGCACUCUUCUCCUACGAAUACGGUCUAACCGGACUGGGAGCCAAAGUAUACGGGUUCUUCGAGACCCAGGACGGCACUCUCGGGAGAGUCGAGGAGUUCCUGGAUGCACGUAACAUGGAACCAGAGGAUGUUGAGAAUUCAGUCAUCCGAGCGGAUGUUGCCAAAGGACUCGCAAUAUUCCAUGUUUUGGACACAUCGCUGGAGAAAAAGGCGGUGGAAUCAUACUAUGAAGCUGUCAUCAAAGGACUCCGGAAUUACCACCUGAUGGACAAGUUGAAGGCACUUGGAAAAGAAGGAGGCGUCAGUAUCGACAAAUUAGUUGAUUAUGACUUUGGGAAGAGACUGAGAAAUGUGGUGGACAAAUUGGAGUCCAUUGGAGGGCAGACAGGGUGGUGUAUUCAUGAUGUUCAAUUCAUGAACGUGAUGGUGAAAAAUUGUGCGAAAGAAGGGGAGAGCAAAGUCACACUCAUUGACUUUGAGUUCGUGAUGCGCAACUACCGGGCAUUUGAUAUCGGUGGGCAUUUCAUGCAAAAGAUGUUCAAAUGGUUUGAUGAAGAGAGUAGGAUAGCAAGAUGCAGGAAAUAUACGGAGGAAGAGAAGAGGCAUUUCUGCGACGAAUAUGCCAGGCAGUGGAACAAAUUGACCGGAGAUACAGAUACUGGGGAACAGGUUUUCCAGGAAUCCGAAUAUGGAUACAUGUUGGCCAUCACUUUUGAUAUCCACAACAUGCUUUGCUUUAUGGAUGCAGAAGGUGACAAGGAUCCCUUGAAUCUGAUUGGGCUGAACAAGCUGUUUGAUGAGUUUGUCGCUCAGUAUUCUAAACUUAAUUUAAAAGAUUGA